AUUUCCUCGCGUGGUUAUUCCUCAGUCUGGCUAGGUUCUUAAUCCUCGGCCUCAAAACCGACGGAUGCUGAGCGUACGACUAUGUUGGACGCUCAGUAUUCUCAACGUCCCACCAAAAAAAAAAAAAAGAUCAGUCUCCAGAUCAAUGAUCCCUCGUCUCCUCACAGCCUUGAAGCUGCCUCGUUUUUCCAGCAUGCUUCCAAGAAGUCUAUACACCUGAAACAGUCCGAAUCUUGACCGGCUACUGGCAAUGCCUAGGUCAUGGGGAUGGAAUAGGCCGAUGAAAGAGGUCGGGCUCGGGGCGUUGUCUAAGGAGGGUGUUCUCGUCGAUCUUUUGCGAGUAAACGUCGUCGCAUCAUGGCUGUAUCAAAUGUGUACGACACGGGCGUGCUGUGACUGCGUCCACGGAGUGGGCAACCAAGGCCUUGCUAUAUAACAUCCGCCUGGACUGCUCGUUCCCACUUUCCCACUAUGCCUCCGUUCUCCUCCCUGUGGCGAUCUCGCCGUUCAGAUGACUCCCCCGACCUGCUCACUGCGCUCCCGCUGCCGACGAUCGAACGGCGGCGCCGCAAAGUAGAGAAAGCCAGCAUCGGUGUCCCCGUGUUGCUCUCGAUCCCACGCCGCUUCGAGUGCCUGGCUCCAGUGGAGUACACAAGGCGGUCUCUGACCAGCAGCUCCCUUCACAAUCGGUCCGGGACUGUGACGGGCCCUGCGACAAGAACAGCUGAGGUCCGGCCGUCUACGUAUCCCCUCAUCCGCUCGUAUUCUCUUCCAACGCCUUCGAGCCCGCCGAUGGCGGCUUCGCCUGUGAUCGGUAGCAGUGUUGGGGAACGCAUCACAGCUCAUUUCUCGGCCCCACCAGCCGCGCGGUCAUAUUCGCACUCUCCACUCCAUAUCGAUACUGCACGCCGACCACUCUCUCCGAUCCAAGAGCACAGCUACGCUUCCCCGAUGUCCCUGCGGGCUACCAGCCCCGUGGGAGAUAUCUCACCCCUGGAUUUGCCUCGACCCACACCGGUGGCCCGGGCGGCAUUCAUUCACCGCUCGAUCAGCGAUCCGCCUGCACUCCCUCCGCUGAAUUUCGCUCCGUACUUUCCGGGUCCCCAUCCUUUCCAGGAGGGAGAUGGGCCCCCUCGACGUCCUCCGAGAGUGGUCCAGACGAUCUACAGCGCGGCCGCAAACAGUAGCACGGGGUCGCUGCACGCGGAGAGCUUCGUGACGGCUGCCUCACGCGAGGCGGCGUCACCCAAGUCCCCCGAGCGGGCCGUCGUGCGAUACUCGGUCGCCACGAGCAGCACUCUGCGGGCGUCGCGAGUGGGCUCGCCGAUGGGCGAGGCGCAGCUGCAGCGCGGCGGGACGAUGGGCUCCAACACGGGCAACAGCAGUCUGCGCCGGAAACCGCGGCACUGGUUCGACCACGUCACGCCUGCCGCGUUUCUCUUCUGUCUUGGGUUCCUCUGCCCGCCCUGCUGGUGGAUCGGGGGCUACUACGUCCUGUUUUUCACGGAGGUCCCGCCGCAGCGCACGCUCUGGGAGCACUAUGUCACCGAAACGCGGUGGUGGGGCGACCUCACGUGCGGCGUCUGGCGCGCGAACUUGUGCAGGAGGAAUAGGUUGCAGCGGAAGCCGGAGAAACCGCUGUUGCUGCCGCGGUGGGUCGCGGCGAACAACACCUCGGCGUCGCUGACCGGUAUCUCGUAUUACUACCCCUUUGUCUCGAGGCCAGCUCCGCGCCUAGAUGAGAGCGGGCGGGCUCCCAGCCCUCAAUCCGUCUUCGCUGUCGUUGUUCGUCGACUGAAUGCGUGGAUCGACUAUGCCACCUUUUCCCGCUUCGAGGAAGUGAAACGUGCCAGGGAGUCACCGUUACGCAUUAUUGAUCCUUGGAUUGAACGAUGCCGACGCGCAUUUUGCUACUGGUGCGGCUUCGUAUUUCUCUCUGUGCUGGUCAUGAUUGGCUGGAACAUCGCGGUUGCGACCGGUGUUGUAUCAUAUUAA